GCUGUAAUGUUACAAUGCAUCCCGUACAAAUGACUCGUUACUGUAUUACCGAUACAGUGCGCGGAUUAAAGUGAACUCCUUUAGACUGUGCUGGUUUUAAUAUUGGAUUGGACAUCGCUGUCCUGCGUGCUUGGUGGAGGUAUGACAUUGACCAGAGGCUCCUUUACUUACUCCAGUGGAGAAGAAUAUACUGGAGAAUGGAAGGAAGGACGAAGGCAUGGCAAAGGUGAACUGAAGUUUGCUGAUGGCACCUGUUAUAAAGGUCACUUUGAGAAUGGCCUCUUCCAUGGAUCAGGGGUGUUAGUGUUUCCUGAUGGAUCCAGGUACGAGGGGGAAUUCGCCCAAGGAAAAUUCCAAGGAGUCGGAAUCUUCAGCAGGUUUGACGGGAUGAAGUUUGAAGGGGAAUUCAAAAGUGGUCGUGUAGAAGGACAUGGGCUGCUGACAUUCCCAGAUGGUUCCCACGGUGUUCCACGAAAUGAGGGUUUGUUUGAGAACAACAAGCUUCUGAAACGAGAAAAGUGUCAGGCUGUGGUGCAGAGAGCCAAGAACUCGGCAUCUACAGCCCGAGGCCUCUCUGUAUGAAACACUGAUACAACUGCGGCUUUAGGAUCAAGUCCCAAAAUACAAUCCAGAUUGCAUAGACACAUAUAAAGAAAGCAAAGCUGAUUAUGGAUCUACAUCUCUGCCUUCACCCAACAAAGGAGCUUGAAAAUCCAUGAGAUCCAUCAAACCCUCAGGGAUGGAGGAAAGAGUAUCCAUUCCACUAGGCUCUUCUCGCAUGGUUCCUCUGCCUUGGUUCCUCUGUGGCUUAAAAACAUUGUCAAAUUAUGUCAGUGUGGUAUAGAGUAUAGACUAAAGUCACCAUUGGAGGCAUAGCAGGUACAAAAGUGUGAUCGUCAGAUUGGGGGCAUUUUUUUGUAAAAUAACUGACUUUGCCUUUGUCUCUGAUUGUAUCACUUGUGUUCUACUUUAUCAGUUUCAGUGGUUGUUAUUCAGGGUUCCCAUAGUCAUCAAAACCUUGAAAUGUCAGGGAAUCUUAAAAUUGUGCUUCACAGAUAAUGAAAAGUCAUGCAAAUGAAUAAGAUCUUGAUUUUGUGUUUUGCAUUUAGUACAAAACAUAAUGGAAACUUUUAGUGAAGUUUGGGAACCCUGCUGUUGUAACCUUUCCAAGUGGAAAUUUUGUUUAUUGCACAUUUGCCUUAUUUUUUGUGUUAAAAAAUUAAAUCCAGCAAUGAAGCUGGAAGAAAAUCCGAUAUGGGGACAGCUGUAAGUGAAAAUAGAUAUUUAACUUGUCUUAAAGAUUUAUGUAUUAUUUAAUUAAAUUACAAUGAGUACUUAUAAUUUACUAACAGAUUAUAGUAUAGUGUAAAUGGUUGAUUUUAGUAUUUCUGUGCAAUGCAGACAUUUACAAUUGGUUUAAAUUAUUUAAAAUGUUUUGACAUUAGCAUAUGUUCAAGGAUUUAUUUGUGUAUUUACUGUCAUUUAAAUUGAAUGCUUGUGGUUCACAGUUCCUAUCAUUUGCAGUGUCAAAGAGAAGCCUUAGACAACAUCAUCUAAAAUACACUGACACCAAGAAGAAUUUUGCACUGUUAUUUAUGUGAGCAGAGAUCUUAAAAAUUUAUGUGGAAAAUAAUCGAGAAAUAAAGUCAGAAAAAACA